UAUCCGUCCUCCAUGACUGUCAGUAGGUACAUUCUCAUUGCGACUCUCGCGUUCUUGAUUCUUAUCGCGAAACAUUUUCGCGGUCGAAAGCGUGAGCGAACGUUGGAUGCUAUUCCAACGAUUGGAGCGACUGGUCCUUUCUCUUUUAUAACGAACCGGUGGAAUUUUCUCCGCAAUGCUCGAGAUAUCUUCCAGGAAGGCUACGACAAGUAUCGAGGAGGCGUUUAUAAAGUCCAGAGUCUCCACAGCUGGAUGGUGGCCAUCACGAGCCCAAAACUAAUUGAGGAUAUGCGCAAGAUUCCAGACGAAUAUCUUUCCUCUCUUGAGGCCGUUGUUGAUCUUAUAUCGAUGGACUACACAGUAGGGAAGCCGAUGCACCAUGAUCCGUAUCAGGUUUCUGUGGUGAAAGGAAGCAUGACAAGAAAUAUCACGGUUAGAUUCUCGGAAGUGAGAGAUGAGAUUGUGGCCGCUUUUUCGGAGCUGUUGCCUCCUCAGGACGCCUGGGUUCCAACCAAACUCAAUCCUUUAAUGGCGAAAAUUAUUUGUAGAGCAAGCAAUCGGUUUUUCGUCGGACUGCCACUUUGCCGGAAUGAAGACUACAUAGACCUCAACGUAGGAUUCGCCAUGCAAGUCGCGAUCUCCGGUCAAUUAAUCGGUUUAUUUCCUGAUUUCAUAAAACCGAUUGCAGGAAAGAUUCUAAGCCCUCUACCUAGGAAUCUCAAGCGCGCGAAUAAGCAUCUUGGCCCAUUAAUCCAAGAACGCUUUUCACAAGAGAAGGAAUAUGGGACUACGGAUUGGCCUGACAAACCGAAUGAUUUGCUUUCGUGGCUUUUGGACGUGGCUACUGGUUCUCAGCGAACCAUGGAUGAUCUCACGAUGCGAGUGCUAGCCGUGAAUUUUGGUGCAAUACAUACAACUUUGCUGACUCUGACAAGCACUCUCAACUACCUCUGCCGUUAUCCCCAAUAUAUCGACAUCCUCCGCGCCGAGAUCGAGACUGUCACUGAAGAACAUGGUUGGACGAAACAAGCCAUGGGACGUAUGCGCAAAUUCGAUAGUUUUCUGAAGGAAGUCCAAAGGGUCGAACCAGCCGCGUGCUUUGGAGUCUUACGGAAAGUCAUGAAAGAUUAUACUUUCGCAGACGGGACCACUGUCCCCACAGGUGUCACUGUUGGGAUACCAAUUCGAGCUAUUCAACGUGACGAUUGUUAUUAUCCCGACGGAAACACUUUCAAUGGACUUAGGUUUUACGAGAUGAGAGAGGGCGACGGAGAAAGUCUAAAGCAUCAGAUGGUCACCCCGACUUCAGACUACUUCCUGUUUGGCAGUGGACGUCAUGCAUGCCCAGGUCGAUUCUUUGCGGUCAACGAGCUGAAAGCACUCGUCGCUCACAUGUUGUUGACGUAUGACAUCAAAGUUGAGAGAGAGGGCGGAGCGGAGAUGAAAUGGCUCGCGGCGAACGCGAUACAGGACAACGAUGUCCAUUUCCUGUUCAGAAAAAGGCAUACUAACAUGAAUGUUGUAUGCAAUGAGCAUGGAGGCGCGUAAGGCUUAUGACUAUAGGAUAAUUUAUUUCUUAUUUUGUAUCUAAAUCUGGAUGUCCGUUCAUCCAGUCACUGAAUUUACUACACUUCACCAG